ACUGUGGUUGUUAAGAUUUAAAAUUCGUUAAUGUCAUUUCCAUUUGGAUAUAUAUUUGUGUCAAUUGGGUUAAAAUAACUACGGAUAUUAAAUAUUAUAUAUAUGGACUUAAAGAUUACACAUAUUAACAUUGGCUACAACAACUGUUCGAGACACAUACAGGACAGAAUGGUGUUUUGGAUAUUUGGUUUGCUCUGCUUGGCACGAUCAUGUACGGGAGUCUUAAUAGACGGGGUGGACUGCAGUCAGAACUGUGCUUGCUGUAAGGGAGGAAUGGCACGAUGUGGAUAUAAUGAUAGUAUACCAGUGGAUGAGUAUUGUUUUGAUGGCUGCGUUGAUGGAGCAUUUGGCUGGAGAUGUUACAAUCCCUGUAUCGGAAACUGUUAUACAUGUGAACAAAUAAAUGGCAGACAAUGUUACAGCUGCAAAGACACAUUUUAUGAUGUAAACAGUCUGUGUAGCAAAAGCUGUUCAGUUGGGUGUAGUGGAGGAGUUUGUGAUGUUGAUGGAACAUGUAGUACAUGUACAGCUCAUUUCGAAGGACCUAAAUGCGAGACGUGUACACAAGGGAAAUAUGGUUCAGAAUGUACACUUCACUGCGAUAAUCAAAAUUGCCGAUGCUCCAUUGGAACCGAUUGUAUAACGUGUAAGUCGGGGUUCCAUGGAAGAAUGACAUUUUGUCAAACGCCUUGCUCACAGGGGUGUCAGGAUAGUGUUUGUAAUGACGACGGUAGUUGCAACUGUCGAGGCAGAUUUACGGGUAUAACAUGCAGUGAAUGUCAGUCUGGAUACUAUGCAGCAAACUGCAAUGUAUCUUGUUCCGUGGGAUGUGAAAAUGGACUGUGUUCAAAAGAUGGCACUUGUUCAUGUCUUCCAAACUUUGUUACCGCAAACUGUGAUACAUGUGCGGAUGGACGAUACGGUGAAUUUUGUGAUCAGGUAUGUAGCGUAGGAUGUACAACAUCGUCCUGUAACAAAAGGAAUGGCUUUUGUGAAUGCCUUUAUAACUUUCAUGGCGAUAAAUGCGACCAAUGCAAAUCCGGCCUUUACGGACAAAAUUGUGAAUUACAUUGCUCGGAUAAUUGCAAAGGAGACACAUGUUCACGAGAUCAGGGAAAAUGUACACAUGGUUGUGUUGAUAGAUAUUCGUAUGAUAAUUGUACAAUCUCUUGUGACAAUGCAUGCGCAACAUGUUUACAAAUUGAUGAAUCAGAAUGUGUGUCAUGCUUAAAUGGAUACAGCGGAUCAACAUGUCAAUGUUUGCCUCAUUGUUAUUGCGACGUUGCAUCUGACGUAUGUACUUCAUGUGUUCAUGGGUUUGCCAACCCUGAAAAACAAUGUAAAUGUCAGUCACAAUAUUGUAUCGGAACCGAGUGUGACAGAUGCAUCAACCUAACGUUUUAUGUUGAUGAAAAUACGUGCUGUGAAUGUCCAGAGAAUUGCAAAGAUGGUGUUUGCAAGAGUGGGCCAAUUUGUACAUCUGGUUGCAUUGAUGGGUUUUACGGAAUCGAGUGUUCUCAAAGUUGUUUGUCCCUUAGUGCUGAUUGUUUAAGGUGUAUUCAGUCUGAUGGAAAGUGUCUGGAAUGUAACGACGGUUUCUAUGCCCAUAGAAAUGGAAGCUGCAUCAGAUGUAGCAGAAACUGUAAGAAUAAACAGUGCAAUUCUGAGACAGGCACAUGUACAAAUGGUUGUGCAAAGAGGUUUUUGGGAGACAAGUGUGAGAUUCAAUGUGGGUCAAACUGUGUAACAUGUCAGCUAGAUUCGGGAGUAUGUUUGUCGUGUACAGACACAACUUACCAUGGAUUGUUUUGCAACAAAUCAUGUAGCACCUCGUGUUUGGACAGCAAAUGCGAACAAAUGACUGGAUAUUGCCACAAUGGCUGCUCUCGAGAUUCGUUUGGAAGUAUGUGUGAUAUCAAAUGUCCUGACAAUUGUCAGCAAGGGGACACGAAAACGAGAUGUAAUAUCGAUGGCAGCUGUUUAUACGGCUGUAUUAACGGCCUUGAAGGCAGGAUUUGUACAGAGAGACGAAUUUACCUUGGUUCUACCACAAUAGGUGCUCUCGCAGUUUUGUCGGGAGUUUUGGGCAUUUUGCUUAUUUGUACCGCUACUGGAUGCUACUUGUGGAACAGACGAAUGUCUAAAUCAAUAGAGCAUAGCUUGGAAAUACACUUAGAUCAGCGUGAAAUAGAACGGGCCUAUGAACAGCUACAAAGAAAAACUAGCGGAGAAACAAACAGGAAUAUUGACGACACUUAUGCUGUACUUUCCAUUUAAAAAAUAGACACACGUUUUAUUCUGAAACUUGGACAUUGUUAGUUUCCUUUCUUUCAUUUUGUUGUAUUAUAUUUAUAGUUUCAGUUUAAAAAUGAUUUGUCUUCAAAUUUGUUUUUGAAAUUUAGAAAAAAAAUAACUGUUACUCGUACAUGUACGAUGUACAUGUAGGAGCAUUUGUCUCAGACGUGUUCUUAACCACAUGGUCAAUGUUGCAGCAAGUGACAGGUUGAGCGCUUAUUUACUGAUUCAACUAUACAUUGUUUGCAGCAACAAUAAAAUUAAUCAAUAUUAAAAAGUGACAAAUAUGUCAACAUAUGUUGUUUUUCACAGAUAAGGAAAGAUAAAUUAAUACAAGGGGCACUUUUGGCUAACAUCUUGUACUAAAGUGACAUUAUCAAAGAUAUGACUUUUAUUUAGAAUAAUUCAAUUUAUGUCUGUAAAGUGUCAUUUUACGUUUUACCAAACUGGUCAACUUACACACAAAAUUGAAAUGCUUUAGGCAUUUAAUUAUGAUUUGGUGAUUUAUACUUCCAAAAGCUUUCUCGGUACGACAAUUAUAAUUUGCCCCGAUUUAUUUGAGUUUUUCAAAUAUGAAAUAAUCCCUUGUAUUAG